AUAUCACCUUGUAUUGUUCCUAAGACAUGGCUAACAAAUUAGUUCGAGCCCAGCUACCACAGUGCUCACACGUAUACUUUAUAACUUGACUCUGUUUUAUUCGACGACGACUGACUUGGGCUGGAGAUGGAGCAGGAAGUAAAUCUCUCACUGGACGCCUCAACGAUCAUCAGGGCUUGCAGGGGUAAAGGCUUGAACGAGGUGCCAAAAUGCCAGUUAGUAAGCGAUUGCUCGGUACCGAAUAUGCCCACAGAACAAUUAAAUACGAAGCAAUUGUUGCCAUCGAUACACCGUUAUUUCGUACGAAAGAAAGACGACGCAUUCCAUCCGCAGCUGUGGGAGACUUGUCAGCAGUAUCCGAUUGUCUUAAUACAUGGCCUUACGGAAGCACUCGAGUUUAAUUUCGACCUUUUUUCGACCGAGACUGUGGUGAACACAUCUCCAAAUAAGAGUAUCGAAAUACGCGAUCAAGUUAGGUGCGGAUCUAACGAGAAUAGGAAUGUGACGCAGAACGAGGACUGGAAAUGCAUCAGUGCCAUUUCUUAUACAACGCUCCGCCUUUAUGAGAAAUAUCAAACCAAGUAUUUGGAAAAUCAGGCGGAACAGGAAAAGAAUUUGACGGUGAAAUUCGCCACCAAUAUAGAUUUAUCAACCAAGAAGUGGAAGCCGCAAAUGCAAGAAUUAGAGAAGUUGCCGUCCUUCCUCAAAGUGAAAUCUACCGAUAAUAUGCUCAAUUACGUGGGAUACAAUCUCUUAGGGAUAAACACCGUACAGUUGUACAUGAAGGUGCCCGAUUGCAAAACGCCCGGCCAUCAAGAAAAUAAUAAUUUCUGUUCCGUCAACAUUAACAUUGGACCGAGUGACUGCGAGUGGUUUGCGGUGUCGUACGAGUAUUGGGGAGUAAUAUAUUCGCUCUGCGAGCAGAACGGCGUCGAUUAUAUGCGCGACAGUUGGUGGCCGCCGGAUCUGGAUAUCUUGUCCAAGAACAACAUCCCGUUUUACAGAUUUCAUCAGAAAAUGGGUGAUGUCGUGUGGGUGAACGUCGGUUGCGUACACUGGGUGCAGUCGAAAGGUUGCUGUAACAACAUCGCGUGGAACGUCGGUCCAUUCACUGCCAGACAAUAUCAACUGGCGCUGGAACGUUACGAAUGGAACAAGUUGCGCCGAUUCCAAUCGAUCGUGCCGAUGGUGUAUCUCUCUUGGAAUCUGGCGUACUGCAAUAAAAUAUCGGAUCCACAACUGUUCCAGCUAAUCAAGAAUUGCCUCAUGCAAACGAUGAAACACCAUUACUUGAUACGUGAAUUUGUACGACACAAGGGCUUGAAAAAGCUGUGCCAUGACGGCGACAAGCCGGAUUGUACCAUUUAUUGCGUCAAUUGCGCUGCUGAGGUGUUCAAUAUAAUAAUCUGCAAGAAGAAGAAGAGGAAGAACGGACACCAUUCAGUGUAUUGUAUAUACUGCGCGCUUGAGCAGUCUCCUUCAUUGGAGAAAUUCUUCUGCAUAGAAAAAUUUCAUUUCAGAAACUUGAGAAGUAUUUACAACGAAUUCACAUGCCAAUAACCAUCACCACCUUCCUGUGAUCACCAGCCAGUUGUACCGGUGUAUAUACUGUCAUAUCGCCAUACCUGAGCGUGCGAUCUCAAUAUACGAUAAUCUCAGGCCUAUCAUUUGUGAAAUAUAAUCGCUUAUUAUAUAAAAACUAUUAUAGCCUCGACCAUUUUU